CAGUCCUCAGACACGAGUCUCGCGGCCACAGCAAAGCCCCCUCGGAGGCGGCCGGACCGAGCCCUGACCGUCGGACCGACGACGGAGUCCCAGAGAGCAGGGCGGAUGGACACCUUCAGCACCAAGAGCCUGGCCCUCCAGGCCCAGAAGAAGCUCCUGAGCAAGAUGGCAUCCAGGGCGGUAGCGGCCGCGUUCAUCGACGACACCAGCAGCGAGGUGCUGGACGAGCUGUACCGCGCCACCAAGGAGUUCACCCGCAGCCGCAAGGAGGCCCAGAAGGUGGUCAAGAACCUGGUCAAGGUGGCCGUGAAGCUGGGUGUCCUGCUGCGCAGCGGGCAGCUGGGCGGCGAGGAGCUGGCGCGGCUGCAGCGCUUCCGGCAGCAGGCCCGCCGCCUGGCCAUGACCGCCGUCAGCUUCCACCAGGUGGACUUCACCUUCGACCGGCGCGUCCUGGCCGCCGCCCUGCUUGAGUGCCGGGACCUGCUGCACCAGGCGGCGGGCGCGCACCUGACCGCCAAGUCCCACGGCCGCAUCAACCACGUGUUCGGCCACUUGGCUGACUGCGACUUCCUCGCCGCGCUCUACGGCCCGGCUGAGCCCUACCGCUCCCACCUGCGCAGGAUCUGCGAGGGUCUCACCCGGCUGCUGGACGAGGAGAGCAUAUGACCUCCGACCUGACCUCCGACCUCCUCGUUCCGGCUUGCCGCUGGGGGCGGGGCUUGCGGGGGGUUUUUAACCUCUUUUCUCCCAGUCUGACUCUGGCCAAAACCACCCCGCCCAACACACACACACACACACACACACACACACACACACACACA